UUCAUGAUUCAACACACUCAAACCUCUAGCAGAGAAGCUCGCAGGCAGGGCGUGGAUCAGUCUGACAGAGACACAGAGACACAGAGACACAGAGACACAGAGACAGCCCCUGCGAUCCAGUACGAAGGAGCAGGAGUCCGACAGCAGGGCUAUAUAUUAAUAUAGGGGACUGACAGACAGAGACCUCUCUGCUGGGGACUGAUCAGUCAACAGCUGAACAGAGAAGAAGGAGAAGAAGGAGCAAGAGAAGGAGAAGGAGGCAGUGAAGAGCCCUCUCGCUGACUGCACUGUUACACCAGGACUUGAGCUCAACUACUAAUCUGGAAAGAGGAGAGAGGAGAGAGAGGAGAGGAGAGAGGAGAGAGAGGAGAGGGGAGAGAGGAGAGAGGAGAGAGAGAGGAGAGAGGAGAGAGAGGAGAGAGGAGCACACACUGAACAGGUAAGAAUCCCCUCUGAAGCUCUGAGUGUUCACCAGGCAGCUGCUGGUCUCUGUACAGGAAGAUGUUACUGACAGGUUCACAUUGUAAUGCAAUGCUCUGGCCUCUCUUGUUACAUUCCUGGGACUUGAUUGUACUUUUGGAAUUGUUUUUGCUCGUGUUUCUGUCCGUUCCCCUCGGUGCAGCGUGACGGGCUGUGAUGUCACGCGGCUCAACAUUCCCGUUUCCCGUUCUCCCAGGUCACCAUGGCGGAGGCGUCUCCAGUCCAGGCCUUCCUGUUCGGAGUUCUGGUCUUCACCGGGAUUCUGGGAAACGUUCUGGUUAUCUUUACGGUGAUCAGCACAUCUCUGGACUCGCACCACCUGCCCCCCCCGACCGACAUCAUCCUGGUGAACCUGGCGCUGGCCAACCUGCUCACCUCCGUGUUCCGCACCGUGCCCAUCUUCAUCUCCGACUUAGGCGUGGAGGUGUACCUGUCCACGGACUGGUGUCGCGUCUUCAUGUUCGCCUGGGUGUGGUGGCGCUCGGUGGGCGUGUGGGCCACCUUCUCGCUCAGCCUGUUCCACUUCGUGACGCUGCGCCGGCAGGGCGUGACCGGGGCUCUGGCACGGAGGGCGGAGCUGAGGAAGGUGGGCGCCGCCCUCUUCCUGGUCUGGGCGCUCAACUUCCUGUACUCGCUGCCUGCCUUCCUGUACUCCGCCCACGUGAGGGGCAACUCCACAGUGGAGUUCAUGGUGAUCAGCUGCACCACGCGCCCCCUGCUCGGCUGCAUCUGGGAGUUCCCCUCCCCGCGCAUGGCGGUCGUGUUUGCCACGUCCUCGCUGGCCGUCCACGAGGUGGUGCCCACGGUGCUGAUGGUGGCCAUGAAUCUGGCCACGCUGUGCAUGCUGAAGAGGCACAUCCGCUCCGUGGCGGGGGCGGAGCUGACGGGCUGCCACGUGGACAGAGAGCGCAAGGCCAGCAAGGUGAUCGUGGUGCUGGUCACGCUGUUCGUGGUCUGCUGGGGCACGCAGAUGCUCUCCGUGUCCUACUACAACUACAACAGGGGCGACCACGCCGUGUUCCUGCUCACGCUGGCACACUUCACCUCCUCCAUCUUCGUGGGAUUCAGCCCCCUGGUGGUGGCGUUCGGCCACAGCAAGCUGCGCAACAGGAUCAAGAGGAUGCUGCUCUGGGGCAGGGAGAGGGGGCAGGGAGGAGGAGAGGGGGAGCAAGGCAAGGGGGCAGGAAGGGUGAUCAGCAGGGCAGGGAACGAUCCCCAUCCCUCCUGCUGAUUCAGGGGCAGGGGACUGACACGACUCUGUGUGCUGCAGCUUCACUAGCCAUGCUACUGGAAGCAAGAGCACAGCCAAGUGCAGUGAAGAAAGAAACAAAGACUGGAAAAGCACAGAGACACACGCACACACACACGCACACGCACACGCACACACACACAUAUACACACAUAUACACACGCACACACACAUAUACACACACACACACGCACACGCACACACACACGCACACGCACACGCACACAUAUACACACAUGCACACAUAUACACACGCACACACACAUAUACACACACGCACACGCACAUAUACACACACACACACACACAUGCAUAUCACAUGAGUUCUGUAUUCUCUGGUUCUGUGUUAUCCAGUGUUUUGUGUGAAUAGUUUAUUUCCCGUGUUUUUGAAAUUUGCAGCACCCUUCAAAUGAUAUUUGAAGGGUGCUGCAAAUGUGGAAGGGCAGCAGUGUGGAGUAGUGGUCAGGGCUCUGGACUCUUGACUGGAGGGUCGUGGGUUCAAUCCCCAGUGGGAGACACUGCUGUUGUACUCUUGAGCAAGGUACUUUACCUAGAUUGCUCCAGUAAAAACCCAACUGUAUAAAUGGGUAAUUGUAUGUAAAAUAAUGUGAUAUCUGUAUAAUGUAAAAUAAUGUAUAAUGUGAUAUCUUGUAACAAUUGUAAG